GGGUGCACGUACGGAUUCAUGUUAAAUGUACGUCGAAACACACACGUACAUGCAUGACGUGUUUCUAUGACUCCGUAUUCUCCAACUUGUUGCCACGGCAACAACUCUAGAUUUGCAUAUCCUUGACCUAUAAAAUAUUACGUCAAGGUCAUUUCUAAACGUUUACGACGUGCAUGACCUACUGGCGGACAUUUUGAGCUGAGAUUUUUAUUUACCCUCAGGAUUUCUAUCAAGGAGGCUCUCGAUAUUUCUGUAGUUUCAUAGAGAGGAAGACGAGGGGAAAAUAAUGUUUCCAAGAGUCGUGCUCGCUCUGUGCCGUCUGGCCAGCCGGCCAGCUGUGUGGAUGUCAGUACCCAGAAUGUCGUCUGCUGUUAGAAGUUCACCCGUCUUGUCCAGCCGUCUACAGCGGUUCUGUACAGAGGAGAAGGCCAGGACUGAGGUGGUGCACAGAGAACAACCACAGGAAAAUGCCCAGGCUGAACACAGGAUGCCAGGCUUUAUGCCCAAUGACAAGGAGAAGUGGAUGUUGGUGUUCACAGGCCGCUACCCGUCUAAAGCUGACAUCCCAAAAGAAGUCUCGUAUGAUGAACUGACUGCUGCCAAAGACAAGAUGCGGGUAUAUGUUUCUACACUCCUGGUUGUCCUGACCUUCCUGUCUGCGUUUGGUGUCGCCAUGUGGGGACGAUCAGAGAGGGACAGAGGGGAGUCUCUGCUGAAGAGAAACAUACAGAGAAAAGCAGACCUGCGACGGAAAGAGCUAGAACAACAGGCAGCUGCAGCAGCACAGGAGAAAUAGCCUAUCCUGUGUGUCAGGCAGUGUUCUAGGCAGUGUCUGUCUUUCCACCAGUUCAUGGAAUACUGCAGCUGCUCAUGACAGACAAAAAUUUUGCAAAAUCUAUCAUCUUUGGUGGACAAAAAGUGGUGUGUAGAGACAUGGAAAGAGAUGUCUAGGGCCACACCAAUUUAAUGUCUUGGUUAAC